UGGCUAUUACAGCGAGCAGAGGCUGGACCAGUUACGCGAGCUGAUCCAAUCUAGAAACAACUUUCUUGAAGCUACGGUGAAGUACGCCUGUGGUGCAUGCCGGGAAAGGUAGUUCCUUUGCAGGAAUUCACCCUAAUUUCUUUCAGAGCCGGAUUUUUUCUUAACUUCAUUUCCCACCAGUAGUUGCAAGGAAAUCGUAAUGAAUUAUGGGAUGUGAUGUUUCUGAAUCCGAACAUGCCUAAAACAACUCAAGCCCUAACGAAACAGACAGGAUUUUCACCCUGCAAAGAAAGCUAUUUUAUCUUUAUAACACUCCUAUCCCAACUUUAAGUCAUGUUACUCUUUAAUUGAACGUUACAGUUCCGUUAAGACGUCAUUCUUUUCUGGUAGUUUCCCCCUUUAGCUCCGUGUAAUGCUAGCAAGCUGAACCUUUCCGUGUCUACCAUUGUCAAGCAUUACCAUGCUGUCUGAGCUCUUACAAGGCACUGAUACCGGAGGUUUUCUCGUAAUACAAGAUUCUUGUCGAUACUCUGGGCGGCACCUUCUGAAGAGCUUGAUCAAUUCUGCACUGAACAGGGAUGAGGCUGUGCAUGUCAUUUGCUUUGACGUGAGUGAGGAAGAGCUAAAAGAUGGAUUGUCCACAUCUCUCACUCAAAGACUACAUCUACACAAUGCUUAUAUGGACCCCCUUGGGUGGUCCGAUCACCCAACCUUUGCUGUUCACCAGUUCAAUGCAGUGGACCUUGCACAUCUGGUUAAACAAACAUCACACACCAAACCAGCUACAUUAGUAAUAGACUCUCUGUCGUGGAUAUUGAGACAUGUGAGUCCCCCUGCUGUCUGCAAGACCAUCCAGCAACUCAAGAAAGGGGGAGCUGUGAGAGCUAUAAUUGGCCUGCUCCAUGCAGACAUGCAUCAGCGCGGCACUGUGGGAAGCGUCUGCCACCUGGCCACUUUUGUCAUUACAGUCGCACCUGGAACGAAGGCAGAUGAAGCGGUGGCAAAGAUUACAAAGCGGUCCAAAUCUGGGAAAGUUUUGCAAAACGAUGAGAUAUUCAGUGUCAAAGAGGACUUUACAGUCACUGUGCUGAGCACGCCCUACAAUCCUGAACACAAGCAAAGUGACACUAUCGAACAACAGGUGGACCCGACAGCAAACCUCACCUUCAAUCUCCGAUUGUCCGAUGCAGAGCGAGAAGCGAAGGAAAAACUCGCGCUUCCCUUCGUCUUCAGCAAAGAAAAGAAAACAGCUCUGAUCCACUCAGGACCUGGAUCAGGACGGAUUCUUUAUGAACCUGAUGCUAGCGACGACUAUGAUCAGGAGGACCCCGAUGACGAUCUCGAUAUCUAAAGAGAUAUUUAUGAUCCCUGUUUUCAUAUCCUCUUAGCUUUAAAUGACACUGAGUUAUGUUCAGUUGCAGAAAAAAAAUGUAUAAUAUCUUUGAAGAACUUUCAAAAUGUAAAGUCAUAUGUGAAGUAAUAUCUCUUGUGCCUGUAAAAAAAGGUAAAAUCUUUACAAAAUAUAAAAUA